AUGGCCAUCCACCACCCACUUGACAUCCUCCCCAGUGAGCUUUGGGACAGAGUAUACGACUUUCUACGGGGCCAGCUGCUCCUGAAACUCGCUGGCAAUUGGGAUGUCGGUCUAUCUCUCAAUGCUUUGACCAUGGCGAAGAAGAUACGGCUCGACUCGUACGCCAUCGCAGCGCUCCCGCCGUGUAUGAUACGGAAAGAGUUCUCUGUGGAGGUCCUUCGCUGCGAAAACCUCAACGCGUUAGACUUGUCCAAGCUGUUGGCGUGUUUGGACAGCAUCAUCCUCCGUUCUCCCAAACUACACUCCCUCUCGAUAUCUUUUGAUGCGGACUUGUGCUCCCUCCCUCCUGAAGCCCGCCAACUCGUUCUGCCUCCCUUGUGCCAAACACUGUCGCUUUUCACCCAUCGUAACACGAAACACAACGACCCAGUUUUCGUUUUCACCCACUACGCGAUGUUCUCGUGCUCUAGUGCCGAUUUGGCCCAGUGGGACCUUCACAAUGGGAGAUUCAAUGCUCCCCGGGUUAAAUGA